CAAACAUUCGCAAUAAGAAAUCUGUGAAUAUUUCCAGAAAUCAUCCAACAUCUUUUUGUUGAUUGAUUUUUUGUUGAUGAGUCCAUUUCCUUUGGUCUUCAUCAUUUAAUUGAAAAUUUAACUAAACUAUUUAUUGUACUUUUUAUUUAUUUCCUAUAUUUCUAGUUUUUUUUCAUUUUGUCUGCUUUAUUUCUUCCCUGCUUGUUGAAGCUGACAGUGAAAUUUAAAUUCGAUUAUGGCUUGGACUCCGGCUCAAGACGGCAUCCAGCAGAUCCUUCAAUUGCUCAAAGAAUCCCAAUCACCGGACUCUCAAACCCAAAGAGCUGUUCAACAGAGGCUGGAAGAGUUAAAUAAUUGUCCAGAUUUUUGCAAUUAUCUAGUAUUCAUUCUUACUAAACUUACAACUGAAGAUGAGGCAACGAGAUCUUUGAGUGGUCUCAUAUUAAAAAAUAGUUUAAAGGCUCAUUGGUACGAAUUUCCCCGAGAAGUAACUGAAUAUGUGAAAGCAGAAUGUCUCAACAGCAUUGCCGAUCAAUAUCCAUUAAUCAGAGCCACCAGUGGUAUCCUCAUUACAACAAUAGCAUCAAAAGGUGAAUUGUCCAGUUGGCCUGAACUUUUACCUAGGCUAUGUAUGAUGCUCGAUUCAGAAAACUAUGCCACAUGUGAAGGUGCAUUUAGUGCCUUGCAUAAAAUAUGUGAAGAUAUGGCGGAAGCCUUGGACGCUGAUACAACCAAUAGACCAUUAGAUUUCUUAAUACCAAAGUUCCUCCAAUUUUUUCGUCACGUAAAUCCUAAAAUCCGUGCUCAUGCCAUAUCUUGUGUCAAUCAAUUCAUCAUGAUUAGAAGUUCAUCACUAAUGGCUCACAUCGACACGUUCUUAGAGAAUCUUUUUCAUUUGGCCACUGAUGAAGAACCUGAAGUUAGGAAGAACGUUUGUCGAGCUCUAGUCAUGCUACUGGAAGUUAAAAUUGACCGAUUGAUACCACAUAUUCAUAGCAUUGUAGAGUACAUGCUGUUAAGAAGUCAAGAUCCAGACGAAAUAGUUGCUCUAGAAGCUUGUGAAUUUUGGUUGAAUUUAGCUGAACAACCUAUAUGUAAAGAAGUCUUAAGUCAACAUUUACCCCGUUUGGUACCUAUUUUAAUGCGACGAAUGAAAUAUUCUCAGUUAGACAUAAUCCUUUUGAAAGGUGAUGUAGAAGAAGAUGAAAUGAUACCAGAUAAAGAAGAAGACAUUAAACCCAGAUUUCAUCGAUCAAAAACUCAUACACAAAAACACAACGAUGACGGCAACGAUGACGCUGAUUCUGACGACGACGAUGAUGGUGAUGAUGAUGAUAGUGAUGGACAUGUCUCAGAAUGGAAUCUAAGAAAAUGUUCAGCCGCAGCUCUUGAUGUUCUUGCCGGUGUCUUCCGUGAUGAUCUUUUACCUGUAGUUCUUCCUAUAUUAAGGGAAACAUUGUUUCAUCAAAGCUGGGAAAUCAAAGAGUCUGCUGUUCUUGCACUGGGGGCAAUCGCUGAAGGGUGUAUGACUGGUAUGAUACCACAUCUAAGCCAACUCGUACCUUAUCUCAUUACGUGCCUAAGUGACAAGAAAGCGUUGGUCAGAUCUAUAACAUGUUGGACCCUCAGUAGAUAUUCACAUUGGGUUGUGGGUCAACCUCAUGACAAAUAUCUUAGGCCUCUGAUGACAGAACUUCUCAAACGUAUCUUAGACGCCAAUAAAAGAGUACAGGAAGCAGCUUGUAGCGCAUUUGCUACUUUGGAGGAAGAAGCUUGCACAGAAUUGGUACCUUAUUUAGGGUUCAUUCUGGAAACUUUGGUCUUUGCAUUUAAUAAAUAUCAGCAUAAAAAUUUACUCAUCCUUUAUGAUGCCAUCGGUACACUUGCGGACUCAGUUGGUCAUCAUUUGAAUAAACCCGAGUACAUUAAUCUACUAAUGCCACCCUUGAUACAUAAAUGGAAUUCAUUAAAGGAUGAUGAUCGAGGUCUUUCUCCAUUACUUGAGUGUCUAUCCAGUGUUGCGACAGCUUUACAGAAUGGCUUUUUGCCAUAUUGUGAACCAGUUUUCAAGCGAUGUCUAUCCCUUGUAGAACAAACUCUUAAUCAAGCCAUAGCUAAUGUAUCUCAUCCUGAUCAUUUCGACCCACCAAACAAGGAUUUCAUGAUAGUUGCGCUUGAUCUAUUGAGUGGUCUGGCUGAAGGUUUAAAUGGUGCUGCAGAGUUUGGUCAGUUGAUUGCUUGUAGUAAUGUAAUGAUUCUUCUACACCAAUGUAUGCAAGAUCCUUUACCUGAUGUUAGACAAAGUUCUUUUGCUUUGUUAGGAGAUCUUACAAAGGCUUGUUUCCAACAUGUUAAACCUCUUACACCUCAAUUUUUACCUAUACUCGCCCAAAACUUAAAACCUGAGUUUAUUUCUGUCUGUAACAAUGCUGCUUGGGCCAUUGGAGAGAUGGCAGUUAAGAUGGGACCAGAGAUGAAAUCCUACACCCAAAUUGUUUUACCUCAGUUGAUUGCUAUUAUUAACCAACCUGAUACACCAAAAACUCUCUUAGAAAAUACAGCCAUUACAAUUGGCCGUCUUGGCUUGGUAUGUCCUGAAGAAGUCGCUCCUCAUUUACAACAGUUUAUUCGCCCCUGGUGUAUUUCACUUCGUCAUAUACGCGAUAACGAGGAAAAAGAUUCUGCUUUUCGUGGUGUUUGUGCCAUGAUAGGCGCUAAUCCUGGAGGAGUUGUACAAGAAUUCAUGUAUUUCUGUGAUGCUGUAGCUUCUUGGAAUAGCCCCAAACCAGACCUGAAAGCUAUGUUUAACGAGAUUCUCCAUGGCUUCAAAAAUCAAAUUGGCGAAGAGAACUGGAACCGAUUUGCUGAGCAAUUCCCAGCAAUGUUGAAGGAGAGAUUAGCGACUAAUUAUGGAGUCUGAUUUCUUUUUUUGGAUAGCAAUGAUUCAAGUGUUAAUCAAUCAUCAAAAGCUUGUGAAAGAAGGAAAUUUGCAGCCGAAUUUUCGUUUUUAUCACACGCAAAAUAGGCUUGAAUUACCAAAUAUUCAGGGAAUCCGAGAGCUUUCAGCUGUUGAUGAAAAGAGAAGAAAAGCGAAUUGUUAGUAACAUAAUAUUUUUGUUAUACAUCAUAUUCUCAAUAACAUCUAAUUAUAAUCAUCAGCAAUCUUUUGUUUCCCCUUUUUCUAUUUAUCUUUCACCCUUUCUAUCUGUCUUAAGAAAGUUCCAGUCCUGUAAACAAUCUGAAUGCUUUUUCACGAUCAACAAUUCCAAUAUUUGUAUCUUCUUCAUUCCUUCAUUUCACCCUUUCUCGUUUCACUCCUUUCAAAACAUCUAGUUUCCCUCUUUCUCUAUACCCUUUUCUUACUUUAAAAUGUCUCCUUGAUAAGCUUUAUGCAACUAUGCGAUUAAGAUGUCAACAUUGACUGACUCAAACAAAUUAUUGAAAAAAAAUUUUUUCCACAGCCAAUCCAAUUUUGUCAAUCAGUUGAAAUUUGUUGACCUUUAUUCUCUUGUUGAAAUACCAAUUACUAUAGCUUUAUAUGUAAAUCAUUUUUUCUGUUUUCUGUCACAAACUUGCUAUGAAAAUUUUUCCCUACUUCUUUCCUUUUUCUCUCUUAUCAUGUCUUUUCAAAUCCCUUCCUUAAUCCCUAAGCUCUUCAAGAUGCAUGUACGCACCUUUUCAUUUUCAGUUCUCAUAUACAAUACACUCAAACACUAUAGCGGCAGCCUGAUAAGGACCACUCAUUAUCCUCUCUCAAACUCCAACAUGCAAGCUGAAUGAAGAAAAAAAUUGAAUAAAAAAAACAAUUCAAUCAAA